AUGGCCGGGCCCUCACGCCCCGUGGCUCCCAUGCUGUUCCUCGCCCUGAUGGUGCUUCUGGAGCUGAGCCCCACAGCCUGCCUGGGACCUGGAGCUCCUGCCCGGAACCUCCCUGAGAAUCACAUCGACCUCCCGGGGCCAGCCCGGUGGAUGCCGCAGGCCAGCCACCACCGCAGGAGGGGCCUGGGCAGGAAGGAGCGGGGCCCAGGCCUGCCCAGCAGGGCCCAGAGCGGGGAUGUGGUCACCGCCACCAGGCAGGCCUCCAGACUGCCAGGGGCAGGAGGGCUGCUGCCUGGGCAGAACCCUGCAGGCCUGUUUCAAGGUGCGGACCUGCUCCUUGGGCCGGCGCUGCCCUACCCCGAGAAGGAGAACUGGCCUCCAGGGCCCACGAGGGCCAAGAAACGCAACAGGGAACACAGGAGACGCAGGGAGAGGUUGAAAUCACACAGAGGCCGAGCCCUGGUGCGAGGUCCCAGCUCCCUGAUGACGAAGGCAGCGCUCCCAGCGGACCAGGCCCCGGACCAGGCCCCGGACGUGCUGGAGGAUUCCUCCACCAGCCUGGCCCCGACCAUAUUCUACUUAACCACCUUGGAGGAGGCACCUGCCACGGAAGAGUCCCGGAUCCUGCCCGUCACAUCCCUGUGGCCCCAGGUAAGGGCGCAGCCCAGGCCUGACGGGGAGGUGAUGCCCACACUGGACAUGUCCUUGUUCGACUGGACGGAUUACGAAGACUUAAAGCCUCAUGUCUGGCCCUCCGCCAAGAAGAAAGAGAAACAUCGGGGGAAACUCUCCAGCGAUGGUAACGAAACAUCGCCCGCAGAAGGGGGGCCAUGCGCCCAUCACCCAGACUGCGCGCCAGGGACCUGCUGUGACCUUCGGGAGCAUCUCUGCACGCCCCACAACCGAGGCCUCAACAACAAAUGCUUUGAUGACUGCAUGUGUGUGGAAGGCCUGCGCUGCUACGCCAAAUUCCACCGGAACCGGAGGGUCACACGGAGGAAGGGACGCUGCGUGGAGCCCGAGACGGUCAGCGGCGACCAGGGGUCCUUCAUCAACGUCUAG